AUGUCUACGCAAGAAUAUAUUGUAAAUGUAAAAGAAAGUGGAAGAAUAAAAGAGCUAUAUUUAGCUAUUAGUCCAAAUGGUGAUUUUGUAGUAGAAUUUGUAUUAUUGUCAAGUGAAUCGAAAUUAUGGGAUUUGCAAUUACGAAUGUAUAAU